UUCGAAGAUUUGUCGCAAGACUUGCUUCGUCCAAUGCUGCGUCCCUCUCGCUGAUUGCUCCCAUCUCAGUGCUACGGAGAUGGCGCGCUUUGUUCCGCGCGACAGGAAGAAGGGGAAACUGGGCAGCAAGCCCAAACCGGCUCAGACAGAUAGCAAUGCCGCAGAGAUCGUGCCGGUGUCCAAAGAGGAGAAGGCGAGACGAGAGGCGCUGAAGCAGGAACUCCGAGCGCAGCAGCCCGAGAAGAUCUCGAGUCAGAAGCGCAAACGAUUGGAGAAGUACAUCGAUACGAAACUCAAGAAGGACGCCACGGCCAAUCUGAUUCGACAACUCGGCGACCAGAAGUUCGACACCAGUCUUUUACAUUCUUCCAAGAGUCUGGGAAGGCGACAUGAGACGAAGCGAGAGAAGCGCGAUCGCGAUGCUGCGGAACUUUCCUUUUUCGGUGGCGAGAGCGAGGUGACUGAAGACCGGCUGGACAGAAGCUCCAGCCCGUCCAGUUCAGAGUCAGAUAUCGUUGACGGGCAAGGUACUGACCCUCAUCGCAUCCCGGCUGUGAAACCACUCCAUGCGCCCUCUGGCUUUGGGAGCGGUCUCAAGAGGCCGUUGGAUGUGGAUGCCGAUGGUCAGCCGGUGCUCGUCAAGCGUCGGCGGAGGAAGCAGCACACUGCCAUCCCUGCAAUGAGCCAAGUUCUUCCCAUUGCUGAAAACUCCGAUGAAGAUGAUGAGGACGAAUGGCAUGGAUUUUCCGAGGAUGACGACCAUUCAGUUGAUGCGGAUGAGCAGAUUACCGACGACUCUGCGAGUGAGGAAGACGAGGACUCUGAGGACUUAGCAACGUCGAGUAAUGGCGAACAGUCCGACCACGACAAACCCGUCCGAAUAUCCGCCUUCAAAGCCUGGGCAGAUACUCAAAUGAACACCGCCGUUGGCUUCACUCCAUCUGCAAAGCCAGCGGACGACGAUGCCCAUGCGAUAAUCAGGGCAAACUUUACCCCCCGAGCACCUUCUCCAGAUCCACUUCUGGACUCCAUCGCUUCUGCUCAACAAAACAGCUCGAUCAGGCCAGCUGCCACACUCACUAUCCAGCGAGAAGAAGACGUGCAGACAGCCAGACUAGCACUACCAGUGGUGCAGGACGAACAACGCAUCAUCGAGACCAUCCACGCAAACACUGUCACCAUCCUCUGCGGCUCUACCGGCUCAGGAAAGACUACUCAAGUUCCUCAGAUGCUACUUGAGAACGGCUACGGCUCUUUGAUCGGAGACUCAUCACCCGCCAAAGACCUUCAGAGCAGAGGCAUGAUCGGCAUUACCCAACCGCGUCGGAUCGCUGCGACUUCAGCCGCAGAACGUGUUGCGUAUGAGCUCGGCCCUACCUACCGGGACAGAGUGGCUCAUCAAGUCCGCUACGAUACCACCGUCAGCAAGAAAACCGCCAUCAAGUUCAUGACGGACGGUGUCCUCUUGCGCGAGAUCCAGAUGGACUUUUCGCUUUCCAAGUACAGCUGCAUUAUGAUUGACGAAGCGCACGAACGCAGUGUCAAUACUGAUCUGCUCAUUGGGUUGUUGAGCCGCAUUGUGCCGCAGCGUGCCGAGCUUGCUCUUGAGCAGCCGGAGAAGUAUUGUCCACUAAAGCUGAUCAUCAUGUCGGCGACACUGAGAGUGGACGAUUUCCUAUCGAAUGAGCGACUUUUCCCUACCGUCAAGCCACCAGUGCUGGAAGUGGAAGGGCGACAGUACUCAGUCACAGAACACUUUUCGCGGAAAACGAAGCGGGAUUACGUCGAGGAGAUGAUUGAUAAAGUUGCGCGAGGCCAUCGGAAACUACCGCCUGGUGCUAUGCUAGUAUUCCUCACUGGACAGCAGGAGAUCACUUUUGUGGCAAAGAAGUUGAAUGAGCGACUAAAUCGAUCCUCUAGCGGCGGAUUCGAUUUAUCGAACGGCACAGAUGACUACGAAGAUGGAUACGAGAAGGCCGAUGAUCGCGAUGGAUUUGUCGAAAACGAAGACGACGACGCACACGACGAAAAUUCGGGAAGCGAAGCCGACAUCAAAGUGGACGAGACUUUCGAGGAUGAAUUCGCAGUUGAGCAGCUCGAAGCAGACCACAAGCAACCCAAGGGCGCUCUCAGGCCUCAUAUCCUACCUCUGUACGCUGCCCUGCCCGUCGCAGAGCAACAGCAAGUCUUCGAACCACCGCCAGAAGGCACCCGCAUGAUCGUCCUCGCCACCAAUGUUGCCGAGACGUCAUUGACCAUUCCCGGCAUACGAUACGUCUUCGACUGCGGCCGAAGCAAAGAAAAGAAAUACGAUCACCGCUCUGGGAUACAGACGUUUGAAGUAGACUGGAUCUCCAAAGCUUCUGCGGAUCAGCGGAAAGGUCGAGCUGGACGUACGGGUCCAGGCGGACAUGUCUGGAGAUUGUACUCGAGCGCGGUGUUCGAGCGGUAUUUCGAGGAGCACACGGUGCCUGAAAUCCUUCGCACGCCAUUGGAGAGUGUCGUCCUCCAACUCAAGGCCUUCUCGAUUGAAAAUGUCGCCAAAGCGUUUCCGUUUGCUACUGCACCUGAACAGCUCCAGCUGGAGAAGGCAGAGGCGCUUUUGCAGAACCUUGGAGCUGUGAAGGGUGCACAGAUGUCGGAGACGGGCAAGCAGAUUCUGAAGUUUCCUGUUGAUCCAAGAUAUGGCAAGAUUCUGGUGCUGGCUCGCAAUAACGGACUAUUGCAGCAUGCCAUUGCACUCACUGCUGGACUGGCUGUGGGGGAUUUGUAUAUCCCUCAGGCGCAGACGAAUGAGGAAGAUGAUACCGCUGCCGUCAAUACACAACACCAAGCCUAUGGUCGAGCGCAAGCCUUGUUGUCCCAGUGGGAUGAUAGAUCAGAUGCGGUCAAGAUGCUCAGGUCUGUGGCGUUGCAUGCAGAGCAUUACAGCAAUGGGGCCGCAGAGGCGAGAGAGUUUUGCAGGAAUAACUGGCUGCGGGAGAAAAGCAUGGUCGAGGUGCAACAACUCCGAAAGCAGUUGCAUGCCAUUGCGAGGGCGCAGAGCAACGGCGCGCUUGCCGAUCAUCCGCUUGUACCAACUGCGCCAAAAGGAAAGGAGCUGCAAAGGCUGAACCAACUCGUCGCCGCCGGCUUCAUCGACUCGGUCGCCAUCCGCGCAGAUCUGCUCAAGAGCGACGGCGUGUCCGCGGGGAGAAAGCCGAAACGCGCAAUCGAAGUGGCAUACCGGACUCUCAAGCCUUCCAUCUCAGACGCAGGAAUCGACCGCACCGCCAGCCCAGCAGAGCGAGAAGUGCAAAGAAGCGUCUUCAUCCACCCCUCCAGCGUGCUGGCCAAACUCAGCCCCAGCGAAAUGCCAUCGUACAUCGUCUACUCGCACCUCAGCAAAGCAGUCGCGGCAACAGUAGAAGGCAAACAGAAGAAGACGCGCAUGCACCCGCUGACGCCGAUUGGACCGAAAGCUUUGGCUGUUCUGGCGGAGGAAUCACCAUUAUUGGAAAUUGGCAAGCCGAUUGGGAAGAUUGAGGACGUGGGGUAUUUGCAGCGCCAAUGCUGGGUUGGCGUGGCGAUUCGAGCUCCGGGGAGUGUAGGGAUGGGAUGGCCUUUGACGGAGUGGAAGGUUGUGCAGAAGAGGGAUCAGAGGGGGGAGUGGGUUGCUGAGAGGGUGGUGGCGAGGAUGUAGGUGGGAAGGACACCGCUUUCUGAUAGUGUGUACUAUUCGAUGAACAGUGUAAAGUUCAAUCAAGACAUUCACAGGGAUCAACCUUGUUGAACUCCAAUUUGUAGGCGGUGUUGCGAAG